AUGGAGUUCCUGAGGGAGAUGCCAGAGAAUUCUCACUUAUUGUGUGGUAAUCAUGCCUCCUCUCUUGUGACUCUCUUAGCCCUAAGAAACUUACUCACCUUCUGUGUUUUCCUCCUCCCAGCAGAACCGUACUUUCUCCUCAAGUGUGUGUUCCUAGGACCCUCAUUGGAUAACUCACCUUCCUCAGACUCGGAAAGAACUUACCUUUGGUCUCCCUCAAAAGAUCCUCCUCACUCUUUCCUCUCUGUUGCACCCUGUACCACCCCUUGCCUGUCCACCCUUCUACACCAGCUUUUGGACAAAACCAUUGUUACACACAGAGCCUUCCUGGCACACAGCCUUUCUGCCAACCUCAGCCUCCACAGAUGCAGAUGCUUCCCUUGUUCUCAAAUCCAACCUCAGCCUCCAAAGACUUCCCUGAAGUUCCCUGACCAGACAAUGUUCCCCACUCCUCAUUACUGGUGGCUGGUGCCUUUUCCAGCUGUCCACUGUUCCAUCAGUGGACACAGAGUGGGGUACAGCUUGGUCACCAGGUCACCAGGCCAUCAGAGGACACUUUGUAAUCAGGCAGAUGGGUCGAAGGAAAAAGAUCGUGCAGACCCUGGAAUUGAUUAACUUUAAAACAUUUUAACAAAAAUUAAAGACUGACCUUCAUGAAGAAACUAUUCACUGCAUUUGUUUUACUUUAGUGCACCAGUCAGAAC